AUGGCUCAGGGAUCCGUGUCAUUCAAAGAUGUGACUGUGGACUUCACUCGGGAGGAGUGGCAGCACCUGGAUCCUGCUCAGAAAACUCUAUACAUGGAUGUGAUGCUGGAAAACUAUUGCCACCUCAUUUCUGUGGACAAAAACUGGAAAACCAAAGACUUUUUAGUGAAUUUCAAGGAACACCAAGAUAAGUAUUCUAGAUCAGUUCUAUUCAUUAACCACAAAAAACUGAUUAAGGAGAACAGUAAUGCACAUGAAAAGACAUUUACUUUAAACAGAAGCCCUAUAAAUUCAAAUUUACUUCCUGAAUAUGACAGUCAUGGAAAAAAAUUUAAAAAUGAUUCAGAAUUAAUCAUCAGUAAUCUAAGUCCUGCAAGAAAGAGACUUAGUGAGUAUAAUGGCUACGAGAAAUCAUUCCUCAAUAGUAAACCAGAGACAGUUCACCAUGGAGUCAAUCUCAUAAUCAACAUGGCAGGGCUUGUCAGUCAUAAUGAACUGCUUUUGCAGUAUCAUAAGAUGGAAACUCCAGCACAGUCGCCUGGAUAUAAUGACUGUGAGAAAUUAUUCCUUAAAAAAGGAGGCUUAAUUACACAUCAUAGAGCUUACAGGAAGGAAAAUCCAUCUGAACAUAAUAAAAGGAGAAAAACAACCAAUGUUGAAAAAAAGCAUACAUGCACUGAAUGUGGGAAAGUCCUUCUGCAGGAAGUCAGUAUGAUUCUGCAUCAGGGAAUUCACACAGAGGAAAAACCCUAUCAGUGUCAUCAAUGUGGAAAUUCAUUUAGAAGGAAGUCAUAUCUCAUUGAUCAUGAGAGAACUCACACAGGAGAGAAACCCUUUGUUUGCAAUGAAUGUGGUAAGUCCUUCCGCCUAAAGACAGCCCUCACUGAUCAUCAGAGAACACAUACAGGGGAGAAAUCAUAUGAAUGUCCUCAAUGUAGGAAUGCCUUCAGAUUGAAGUCACACCUCAUUCGUCACCAGAGAACUCAUACAGGAGAGAAACCAUAUGAGUGUAGUGACUGUGGGAAGUCUUUCCGCCAGAAGACAACACUCUCUCUACAUCAGAGAAUUCAUACAGGAGAGAAACCCUAUAUUGUAUGGAAGUGUGGGAAAUCUUACCAGAAGGCAAACCUAACUGUACAUCAAAGAACUCAUACAGGGGAAAAGCCUUAUAUUGUAAUGAAUGUGGGAAAAUCCUUCUCCCAGAAGACACCCCUCGCUCUUCAUGAGAAAACUCAUAAUGAGGAGAAACCCUAUAUUUGUAAUGAAUGUGGGAAAUCCUUCCGCCAGAAGACAACCCUUGUAGCACAUCAGAGAACACAUACAGGGGAAAAAAAUCUUAUGAAUGCCCUCACUGUGGAAAGGCCUUUAGAAUGAAGUCAUACCUCAUUGAUCAUCACAGAACACACACAGGAGAGAAACCAUAGAAUGUAAUGAAUGUGGAAAAUCUUUCAGUCAGAAGACAAACCUCAAUCUACACCAGAGAAUUCAUACAGGGGAAAAAACCCUAUAUUUGUAAUGAAUUGUGGGAAGUCCUUUCGCCAGAAAGCAACCCUUACUGUACAUCAGAAAAUACAUACAGGUCAGAAAUCCUAUGAAUGUCCUCAGUGUGGGAAAGCCUUAGCAGGAAGUCAUAUCUCAUUCAUCAUCAAAGAACUCAUACAGGAGAGAAACCAUACAAAUGUAAUGAAUGUGGGAAGUGCUUCCGCCAGAAGAGACAAAUCUCAUUGUACAUCAAAGAACUCACACAGGGGAGAGAAACCCUAUAUUUGUAAUGAGUGUGGUAAGUCCUUCAGUUAUAAGAGAAACCUCAUUGUCCAUCAGAGAACUCACAAAGGAGAAAUGAUAGAAAUGCAAUAAAUGGUGUUGAUUUUUUUGUGAAGCCUUUUCAAGGUAUUGUAAAACUUCAGGUUUUUUACCAAAAAAGCAUGCUAUAAGGUCUUUUUAAUCACAAACGUAAUAAUAGUUAUUGAUUUAAAAUACCAUACAUCAUAACUGUUUACUGUUUACUAGCAUAAAAGUAUAUGAUCAUUGUUACUAAACUCUAUCAGCAAUUGAUCUAAUUUUUUAACUUUUCAAGUUCUGCUGAUUCAGUUUUUAACAAAACUUAUAUAAUACAUGCAGAGGCAAGAUAAAAAAUGGUUAUAAGCAUCAGUCUCCAUAAGAAAAAAAUAUGAACUAUAUUUCUUAUUGCACUGAGUAGAAUAAAAAGUAGCUGUUACUUCCCCAGAGGUUACCACUUCCCUAGCUUAUAACAUUAAGUAGUUUUUGCAUGUCUUUAAACUUUAUAUGUUUUUAUCAUGUAUCAUGAAUUCUUUUGUGUCUUGUUUCACUUAACAUUCUUAAGAGUCACACAUUAUUGCAUGUGGCAGUAGUGUUUUCAUAUUCAUUCUGUAUACUA